UUACUGAUACAAAAACGUUUCGACGAGGAUGGGAUUCGAACCCACGCGUGCAGAGCACAAUGGAUUAGCAGUCCAUCGCCUUAACCACUCGGCCACCUCGUCUCAUGUAUCGCAACGGGGUAUUGUUAUAGGUUUUAACUAUGUCAAGAAAAGAAGAAACAAAAAUACAUUAUACAUUACAUAUAGUUACAUAUUAUUAUUACAGAAGGACGAUUGAACAACGUGGACGAGAAGAAUAACAGUAAAACAUGCCGUCUCCUUUUCUCAGCCGUGUUUCCUUCAGCCAGUCUGUUCCAGUAUUUACGGUAGAACUGCUGCUAGCUAGAUUUACAUGAGCACAUUCACAUGUUCCAAGUUAGCACAUGCGCAGUAGCUAGGUUAGCUAGCUACACGGACUGGCACUGAUUUGUGGAUUUGUCUGGGUUAAACUGGAUAUCGAGGUAAUCGCGCUGUUUGUGGACUUAAAUACCUACAGGUCGAACUAUGGCUGUGAGUUUGAGACACGCUGGUGUGGGACGAAUAACGCUAGCAAGGUAGCUUAGCUGUGUAUCUGCUGCAGAUCCACGGCGAGGUUUCGGUGCAGUAGGUAGGUUGUCAACGGUGUUCUGCCGAAUUGUGCUACCUAUCGUUAUGUGCUACGUAUUGGCACUGCGCAUGCGCUGACUGCCUUUAUUUUUUGUCGUUUUCAUAUGAGGCCUGGGAGGUUAAUCUAAAAAAAAAUGAUAAAUCGAAUUACUGUUUAAAUCCGAUUUUCAAAAUGGUAUGAGCGAGAUUGUACAUAUUAACAUCUAGAAGCUGUCAGAAACCUGUAAAUAACUGUUUCAUGUGGCAGUAAUACAUAUUUACACUUUUCCGUAAAAAAACUGUAUGUAAGGUUGAAGGGGUCUGCUUUCUAUCUGGUAUAAAAAACCCUGAUUGAAAUUAAAUGUAAAGGAAACAAUAACUUUAUAAAUUGUACUGUUUGAUUAAAAAAUGUAAACUAAAAAUCGUUCAUAUAUUUAAAGAAUAUCCUUUUUUCUUUCAAAACACUGCCCAGCCCUAGUCUGAGUUUCUUGUUAUUUUACUUUUCAAAUGUAAAUUACAUAAAAAAAUACAAAAAAUAUUAAUGCUAGUUGGCUAGCUAUCCAUUAAAUCCCUUAAAUUCUCAAAAACUCUUUAAAUAAUAUAUUUCCUAUUAAGCUAAGAAGAUAUGUAAUAGGUUUUUACAAUAUUGCCCUGCUAUAAUCUGAAUUUACUGUUAGUUUAACUUUAUAUUUGCGUUAUAAGUGUUAGCUACAGAUUUAAAUAAAUAAAUAAUAAUAAUACAUAUAUUAUGCUAGUUAACUAACUAUCCAAAAAAAUCCUUAAAAUCACCAACUACGGUUUAAACUUUACAAAUAAUAUAUUUGCUACAUAACUAAAAGCUAGGUUAGCUAACCUACACUACAGUUGAGGGGAUUUUCUGUUAUGAUGCUUUUAAUCCUUUAAAAAUAAUAUAAAUAUUAAAAAUAUAUAGCUAUGUCCUAUUCUAGUUUGUGUUUUUUUAGAUAGUUACUUAAAGCUAUGCAUUUUUACCUGUAGCUAAAUAUACACUAUGGUAGCACAAUUUGGCAAGACAGCACAAACCGACAGAACACCUUCUGUUAGCUUAGCUAGCUAGGUUUGCUACUUAACGGUGCAGCACUAAGGUGAGGUGAAGUAGAUGAGCUAAGCUAGCUAAUAAACAGAGCCAGAGCUAAACUUUCACUUCACUUGGCUAUACUCUCUGAACAUCCACGUUUUGGAAUGCCUUUCUCUAAAAAAUGCUCCGUGUUUAAAGUGGUGCUGAGUGCCCUGCUGAUAGUAGCUCUGCUGCAGCUUAUCUAUUUGUCGUUUCUCUCCAAGCUUCAUGGUAAGCAGCAGCGCUCCACCUAUUCAGAACUGUUUGGGUCCAAGAAAAAUCCUCAACUUGGGGAAAAGAACUCCAAAAAGGAGCGACUAAGGUAUUCCUUAUCAAGUGGGGGCAUUUUCGACAGCAGUGGACAGUACCGCAUUUAUAAGAACCUCAUCAAAAGUGGUUUCUCUACCAGUCAGAAGCCAGGAGCUGACCCCAGGUCCCACCACCUCGCCCUGGCCACACACACCACCAUCAACAACCUCCAUCACCUGGACUCUCUACUGGACCGCUGGCGUAACCCCCUGUCCAUUGCCAUAUUUGCACAUGGCCAGGAUGUCCGGUUUGCCACAGCCCUUGUCUAUGCCCUCAGUCUCUUCUGCCCACAGGUCCAAGAGCUGGUGGACUUCCAUCUGGUCUGCCACUCUGAGGAAAUGGCCAGCUUCCCAGAGCAAGACCGGGACCACUUUGCCGGCCUUGAGGAGCAAGGGUGUCCUGGCGCUUUCGCAAAACUCGAAUCCUACAGAGACAAGUAUAAAAACUAUGCCAUCGCAAGCAACGUCUCCUACCCCAACAACCUCCUCCGCAACGUGGCACGGACUGGUACUGAUGCUGCCUACACCCUGGUCAUCGACAUCGACAUGGUGCCCAGUGCAGCUCUUCACCAUCAGUUCGUAACAAUGCUGAUGAGGCGCGAGCCGGCUCAGGAUGAGGUCCUGGUGCUGCCCGCCUUUGAAAUCAGACACACUCGCAAAAUGCCAGCUUCCAAGGCUGAGUUGGUGCAGCUGUACCAGGUUGGUGAGGUAAGGCCCUUCUAUGAGGAACUGUGCCCUCGAUGCCAGGCCCCCAGUAACUACUCACGCUGGGUUAAUCUGUCCACCAAGACCUCUGGGCCUUUGGAGGUGGCGUACACACUGAAUUGGGUUGACCCAUGGGAGCCCUUCUACAUUGGCGCUAAAACAGUGCCCCUGUAUGAUGAGAACUUCAAGCAGUAUGGAUUUAACCGCAUCAGCCAGGCCUGUGAGCUUCACAUAGCAGGGUACAGGUUCUCUGUGGUGAGCAAUGCCUUCGUGGUGCACAGAGGCUUUAAGGUCCAGGGGGAGUUCCACAGCCGUAAGGAUGAGGAGAACCGCAGGAACCGAAUUCUCUUCCGCAGCUUCAAAGAGGGCCUGAAGACCAAGUACCCCACGUCCCCUCGCCGCUGCUGAGGCCUAAACACACCUGAGGACUAAAGGAGUGUGCACAUCUGUCACUCGUUUGGGACCCUUUAAAGGUACAAUUAGUCUGUAGCUUGGGAUGAUCACUAGUUCACGGUGGUGAGUUUGGGACUUUUCUUGGUGAUAUCAGGUCAAUGUUUGACGCAUCAGAGAAGUCUCUGUGCUGGAAAAUGACUUUGGUACAGUAGUCACGACGGUUUACGUUCUGUUUUGAUGUCGGGAUGUGUUAUUUGGACUGUCAGAAGUAAGCUAAUAAUUUGUGAUGGAAGUGUAAAAAUCUAAUUUAUUGGUUUUUAAACUGUUGGAACAUCUUGUAUACACUGGAGAACAGGGUCUUUAUGCCUACGGUACUCUGAUUCUGGAUGCAAAAUGCAUUGCCAAGGAUUUUGAAAUAUUAUCUACUUAUUAACUUUACCAUACUUUACCAUACUUAGUAACAUUUCACUAUAUAAUUAAAUCUUUUAUCAAAUUAUAUCAACAUUGUAUCAAAUUCCAAAUACCUAGAAAUUAAAUAUUGAGGCCAUAUUGAAAAUAAUAUCUAAAAUAUUACAUGAUGAAAAUUAAGAUGGUCAUAUGUUGUGGCAUCUUUGCUGUAAAGAAGAGCGUUUUUGUUUGUAACCAAACUUUAAAAUGCUUUUAAAAAAUGUUAAUUUAUUGAAAUACAGAAACACAGAUUUUUGUUUUGUUCUAUAUUAGAAGAUCUAAAAUGACUUUAUGUGGUAAAAAGCAGUUUUAUUAGAUACAUACUUGAGUUCAACCAAUGAUUUAAUUUAGUUUGAACUGCCGAACCCUUUUACAGUGCAACUUGCAUUAACAAAUGACAAAUGAAAAUAUUUUAGGGCAGCAACUCCUUGUUCCCUAUAAAUACUGCUCUUCCAGAACACAGUGAGUGUGUUUUUAAAUAUGGGGUUGAAUCCACUCAUCUGUUCAGUUUUGAUACUAAUAAGCAUAUACCUCACUGGUUACAGCAGUAAUUGGAUGUGGUAGUAAACUAACCAAAACUUUAUACUGAGUAGACUUGAUCACAUUUAUUACUUCUGUCAUUAUUUGUGAACACUAGGACGGCUGUCAGCUUGUGAGCAACUGAAUGUGACCUCAAUUACUCUCUUCCCAAAGUCAGUUUACAUUUUCUAAUCUUAUUGCUGUUGAUCGAAACUUUUAAAGGUGGGAUGUGUAAUAAAAAAACAGUGGAAAUAAAGAAGAGGAGAACAUGGAAUCAUUACAGUUUAUUACAGUUUAGUUGUUUGCAGUACCUCAGCUACACUGCAUCAAUAACUAACUUAGAAAAGAUUUGUUAGAUUUUGUUAUCAUCACUGAGUGUGUUUACAUAAACUUAAUCUGGUUGUAAUCAGUUUUCUGUAGUCAUCUGAUUUAUUCAAAUACUAAUGCAAACAGUCUGUUUUCCUAAAUAAAAAAAAAAACACGUGACAGUGGUAACGGAAGUAUGCAAAAUAUAACUAUUAACAUAGCACACACAUAAUGGAAUCCAUAUAUUUUCUGAGAUGUUAUGAGAUCAUCUACAGCAGUGUUUCUCAAACUGUGUAAUACUCAAAGCAUACCUACUUAGGUGGUGCACUAGAAGACCUCAGAAAAUGUUUCCAACAGUAAUUUUCCUAACGUAACAUCAGUUUGUAUUUAGUGCUUUACCUGUUAGAAUCUGUAUGUAAGUCUACAGUUCAGGCCUUCACUCUCAGAACUACAGUUUUACUUACUUUAUUUAUUAACAUCAGUUUCAUUGGCCCUACUGUAAAAACCCUGUUGGACACCACAAGAUCUGCACUAUCAACCAACAGUCACCAACAGUUCACAACAGUUCCUGCAUUACAGUUAAUGGCUAAAUAAUGUAAUAAACACUGUUGCGGGUUCAUGGCUUGGUACUUUUCUUGUUUCUUCUGUCUAAAUCCUCCGGAGAUUUUGAGAAGGAAUACUGUAUUAACCAGAGACAAUAAUCAAUCAAACAAAUUUAUAUUUUAACUGACAGACUUCAAAAGCAAAAACUUCACAGAACAGAUGAAGAACAACUGGCAAAGGAUAAGAUGUACAGCUCUGGGGAAAAAAACACUUCUUUUUUUAAUGAGUUUCUCUGAUUUUGCUAUUCAUAGGUUUGAGUAAAAUGAACAUUGUUGUUUUAUUCUAUAAACUACAGACAACAUUUCUUCCAAAUUGCAAAUAAAAAUAGUCAUUUAGAGCAUUUAUUUGCAGAAAAUGAGAAAUGGCUUAAAUAAAAAAAAAGGCGCAGAGCUUUCAGACCUCAAAUAAUGCAAAGAAAACAAGUUCAUAUUCAUUCAUAUUCAAGUUUUAAGAGUUUAGAAAUCAAUAUUUGGUGAAAUAACCCUGGUUUUUUAAUCACUGCUUUUGGGUAACUUUAUGCCACUCCUGGUGCAAAAAUCCAAGCAGUAUAGUUUGGUUUGAUGGCUUGUGAUCAUCCAUCUUCCUCUUGAUUAUAUUCCAGAGGUUUUUCAAUUCGUUAAAAUUUUUCCAGAACUGUGUAUGUGUGGAUUACACUUCUAGCUUACUCUGUAUAAGCAGAUGUGUUUCUGUAAAGUGGCUUGUUUGUGAUACUUUUAGAAGUUUUAGUUUGAUUAUCGUCGGUGGUAUGUGGUCUGUGAUGUUUACAUCACAUCUAAUUCUGUGAGUUUAUUGGCUGUUACCAAAGCAGAAAUCUGAUUACCGACCUACUCCAUGUAAACUCAGAUGUCUCCCCAUUAUUUGACUACCUAAUUCAUGUAAACGUGUUAAUUGGUUUACUGAUGAACUCCAAAAUUCUACAGCAAUCGGAUUAUGAAGUGCACAUGAACACAUUCAGUGAUGUUUUUCCAGCAUAUAUACCAUUUUGAAGAUAACGAUGGAUUACAUUAUGGUAGGAAGAUUAAGAUUAGGUUUAAUUGAUGUGUGGAAACUGUGUAAUUGGUGUCUAUAUAUUUGGAACAAAGAAGAACUAUAAGAGUUCAGUAUAUUGUGUGAAAGUGCAGAACCUUUAAAUUAUAAUUACUGUGUCUGAAUGGUGUGUUUUACCUCUGUUAUAAAUCCUGAUACUAUGAGCAUUGAAUCCUUUUUUGUUACUCGCUUAAAAUGCGUCAUAUUAAAAUAUGUCUGGAGGAAUAUUACACUGAUAUACUAACUGAGAUGAGUUGGAUUUGGGUCAGAUUUUAUUAAAGCAUACGUUUGGUUUGUUAUUUGUUUUAUUUAGAUUUAUUUAUAAGACCUAAAAGCUCUAAAAUCCUUUGUUUGACGAGACUCAGCAUGACUAUUGAUUGUGUGCUUUGUGUCAAGGGUUUAUUGUCUGAUUUUGUUAUUUUUUUGCACAUGCAGUAUUUUUUCUGUUAGUUUGUGUGUAAGUGUGGAAAUUAUUAAUAUUAUUAUUAAUAAUUAUUUUGUAAAAAAAGAAAACAAAAAAGAACACUGCUAUCCUGUGAACACAACAACUGUACAGAAACACAAUGACAAAUGUUGAAGGUAAAACACCACUGUAUCAGAAAAGCAGGGAGGACCUUUAGAAGCUGCAGAAUCCGGCUGCACUUCCUGCAUGUUUGUCACUGUGCCUUUCUUCCCAUUUGUAGCACUUUUUUUUAAAUACAUUUGAAUUGAGUCUGUCAGGUGAUCCUUUGUUUAAUAUGUUUAUCUAACUGAGAAUAGUAUGUUUGUAUGUGUUUCAACAUUUAGGUGAUGAUCAAUCUUGUUGUUGUGGAAGUUUUUUUGUUAUAUUUGUUUUAUAUAUAUUUUUAAAAAAUAAACACAGGAUGGUUUAUCAUAAACUGACGC